AUGUCAAAGCAUCACGGAUCUGCUGUUAUUUCUCGCCCUAAAGAACUGCCAGGACCAAAGGGACUCCCUUUUGUCGGAUCUUUGUUUCAGUGGAAGGGCCCGAAGACAAAUUUAGCUUGGACGCAACAGUUCGGCGAUAUCUACCGAGUGAAAAUGGGCAGCAGAACCCUUGUGUACCUAAAUAGUUUGGAUCUAGUGGAGAUAUACUUGGAAGGAAGCAAUGGCGAAUUGUUUCUUGAUCGUCCUGCAGGACCUGCAGCGAUAGCACAGGGUCUGCUAUUUGGCAGUGGAAAUGCCUGGAAGAAAAAUAAGCAUGCCCUAAUGGAAGCUCUACAAGUAAGAUCAUUCGUGGAAAGCAUGGAAGACGCCAUUCAGUCAGAACUAAAGAUUGUGAUAAAAAUUUUGAAUUCACGAUGUAAUAGACAAGUAAAGAUUGGUGAUGUGAUGUUGCACGCAUGCGCAAAUGUUAUUCCUGGACUCAUGUUGGGCGAAUCUCUGCCUGAAGAGUCUACACAAAGGAGAGAAAUUGGACAAGUUGCCCUAAAUAUGGAAGGUUCUGAUCUAAGUUCAAUACUGACACAGAUUUCAUUGAGGCAUCCCAAGCUUCGACUACCACUAUCAAAACUCUUCUUCAGGGAUAUCCCGGAUAUCCAUGAAUCAUCGCGGAUCUUGCAGAGACUUCUUCGUGCCUGGAUACGCCGAGCUCGCAACGAUUUACUUUCUUCUGCUCCUCUAGCACAGGCACCGGAGAGUAAUCAAGAGCUCCUGCAGUCUCUGAUUGAUCUAUUCUUUGGAGGAGUUACCAGCACACUGUCUGCUUUAGAGUUCACUCUGAUGUACCUGUCGAAGAAUCCUGAAAUGCAGCAGACGGCACAGGAAGAGAUAGACAGGGUCGUAGAAGGUAAUGGAGGAAGGUUAACGUGGUCUUUGAAAGACCAAAUGCCUUUUAUCCAAGCUUGUAUUAUUGAAGGCUUAAGACUGGGCGCUGUUACACCAUCAACGCUGCCUCAUAUUGCUACAGUGGAUACAGAGAUUGAAGGAUACGCCAUCCCCAGAGGUACAUUCGUUAUGGGUGGAAUAUACAGUUUACAUUACGACCCACGUGCAUACAUAGAUGCAGAGAGAUUUCAGCCGCAGCGCCACCUCACUGACAAAGGACAGAUUACUCCGCCGAAAUGUUUCCGUCCAUAUGGUGUAGGUGCUCGUCGCUGUGUCGGGGAACAAAUGGCCGGGAUGCAGCUUUUCCUGUACACCACAUCCAUCCUUCGCCAUUAUACCAUUCAACCUACCGAUGACACAUUAGCGCCCGCAAUGGAGACAUAUCUACGGGUAGUCCACAGACUCAAGGAUUUCAAGUGUGUCCUGCUGAAAAGAUUUUGA